ACGCUUAACCGGAAAUAAUUUACUUAUUGAUUGUGUGUUACAAUAAGGUGAAUAUGUAAAUAGUUUUAAAAAAACAAUAGAAUAUGAUACUUAUAUGUAACAGAAAGUGCUGACGUCAACCUAAUAUCCUGGUGUGUGAUGUCAUAGUCAGCUGCUGAUUAGUUCUAUUGAUUUUAACAGUUUGUAGAAACCAUUAAAUCAGCUGAUCCGGAGAGUACAAAUGCAGUCAAGUUAUAGUGUGAUAAAGUAUAUAUCAACGAUCGAAUAAACAGUUUCAGACAUAAAUGGCAACGAAAAAAAAAAUUUGAAUAAUGGAGAUGUGGGUUAAUUUCAAUGAAACAUCAAAACAACGACACAAAUACAUUUUACAGGUCAAUACAUUAUAACAGUAGACAUGAGGAAAGGGGAAGUGGAUGGUUGUUGGGGAUGGAUGAUAGUGGCAGCCGCUGCCUUAAACAGAAUAGUGAUAUAUGGGAUAUCGUACUCAGCGGGUGUAGUUUAUGUUGUCAUCCUAGAAGUUUUUGACGAAGGGAGCGGGAUAACAUCAUGGAUAUCUUCCCUCAUCACUGCCGUUUUAUUUUUCACCUGUCCAUUAUCUGGAUACCUGAUUGAAAGAUUUGGUGAACGGAAGGUUGCUAUUGCCGGAAGUCUGAUUGCAGCUAUUGGAAUGACGUCAUCUGCUUUUGUCAAUUCCGUUCCAGCACUUCUCCUGACUUACGGCAUAAUUUCAGGCAUUGGAUGCGGAAUAGCGUUUAUGCCAGGAAGUGUAGCAGUGGCUAAAUACUUCAAAAACCAUCGAAACAUAGCAAUGGCGAUUGCUUCCGCAGGAGGCGGAGUAGGUAGUUUUGCAUUCCCACCGAUUAUCGAAAUGUUAAAUGAAUAUUAUACCUGGCGUGGUAUGUUUUUGAUUCUUGGUGGUGUAACACUCAAUAUAUGUGUAUUUGGAUUAUUAAUGCGGCCUUUAAGGCACGAGAUCAGCCCAGAACAAAAGUCUCAAGAGAGUGGAUAUUCCUCGGACAAAUCAGAAUAUAAUAAGUUACAACAGAGCAAUGUUAGCAAGAAUCUCAAGACAGUACCUUUGAAUGGAGAAAGUGAAAACUUCGAACGGAUUGGACUUCUUGACAAACAUUUUUAUCUGAAAAUUCCAUCGUUUUACAUCCUCAUAAUCAAUACUUUUAUGUAUCAGUUUGGUGCAUCAAUUAUCCUAGGUCACCUUCAAGCUUAUGCUGUUUUUCAGCAAGGAUUUACUAAGCCAAAUGCUGCCAUUUUAUAUACAAUUUCCGGUGUUAUGGUUCUUGUAAUUAAACUUCUACAUGGUGUUUUAGCAAAUAUGACCCAUGUAAAAUUAUUUAGACCGAUUUAUCAAUAUAUAUUCUUCUAUGCGCUAGGUGGGAUAGCAACAAUAUGUUUGAUUAUAAAUUCUCGCUACGGAGUAUACUUUUACAGUGCGAUAUUUGGAAUGAGUUAUGCAGCAUGUGGAGGCUCCCUUAUCCCAGCUUUAAUCAUUGACAUUUCUGGCGUAGAAACAUUUGGUGUUACAUAUGGAAUUGUGCUUCUCGGUUUAGCAUUUGGACAGUUAACUGGAGCUCCUGUAGCAGGUAUUUUAUAUGAACACCAGAAAACAUAUGAUACUGCCUUCAUCCUUGCUGGUUCUAUGAUGAUAGCAAGUGCCUUAAUAAUGAUUUAUCCUCUGAAAACUGAUCUCAACCCUUCAAAACUAAAUAAACAAAAUAAAAAUAACAUAGAAAUAAAUAUUGAAGAAAUUGAUUCAAUAAACGACGAGGUGCUUACCGUUUUUGAUCCAAUAUCAAUGUCCGACGUUAAGGGAAGCAGAACUAGUCUUCAUAGUGGAAACAUAGACAAUUUGUACAGCACAGGGAACUUUUAUCACAGUUCUAAUGGUUUACAUCGAAUCAAUCGACUAAGUGACAGUUUGGAAUCUAUAGAAGUUGGACCAAGAUCAUCAAGUUUUAGUGUUCAUAGGCAUACAGCUCGGCCAUACAGUGGAAAUACACAACAACCAAGUAGACUUCUGAAUGCUUUAAGACAGGAAGGUCAACCCCACUACCAUCCAAUACUGUCACCACUUGCAAUAGAGCGAUAAUUUAAAUGCUUAUGAAAAAAUUUUCAUGGAAAAACAACCAAUAGUUAACUAUCAGCAUGGUGUUAAACUAUGAUUAUAUAUAAUAAUAAGUUAGAGAAUAUCAUAAUAGGUAAAUUCUUUAAAUAUUUAACAUGGCGUUAUACUUUUAACAAAUUGAAUCUUUCAUAUAUGGAUGGUUUUGCAUACAUGAAGGUUAAACUGAUCUACAAAGGGAACUUGUAUUUCUUAUAGGUCAAAAAAACUUAAUCUGAUAAAAAUAAUUUGUUAUUAUUUGUGUGUAUGUACGAAGAUUGCUUCAUGCACGGAGCCCCCCUCAGUGAUAUUGCUUGCCUUCAAUUAGUGGAGAAUAAAUGCUUUUUUCCCCGGUGAAGAAUCCCAAUUUGAAAAAAAUGGCUUAAAAUUAUUCCCAAAAAGACAACUUUUGUCCCAAACAGUGCAGUCUCAGUAGUAAUUGCGUAUGAAUACAAACUGAAAAAAACUCAUUUAAACAUUUUUCAUGCUGAAAAUGACUUGAUGUGCAGAUAUCAGGGUCUAUUUAUGAAUCAUCACUGACAAAAUGAGGUCUUAUUUUAAAGUAGAGUUUGACUCUUGAAAAUAGGUCUGUAAAUUGAAGUUUCAGUCAAAUUCAUAAUUUAUAUUACAUUUCCCCAUUUGAUGAAAAUGACGCAUAUUUUUCCAAUAAAAAAGGAUAGAAAACAAAACCAAUAUCACUGGCCCUAUCACCUAAUGAUUAACAGAAAAAAUAGUUUACACUUACGGGUGUAUGAUAUAGAAUAGUGAAUUUCGCGCAUUUUGAAUGGU